AAGUAAAAAUUGAUUGAAAAGAAAAUUAAGAUAGGAAAAGCAGUAAUUCUCAUCAAUGAUUUAAUUAAGAAAAAUUUUCUGAUGAUUUUUCCAAAUGUCUAGUACAUGGUUAUUGAAAGUAUUCACUUUCAUCUGCAUUGCAAAUGGAGCUUUAGGAUAUAACAUACUCUUCAUGGGACCAUUUCCAGCACCCAGCCACUGGAUGUGGCUGGAACACUUCCAAAGGGAUCUACUUGAUCGAGGACAUCGAAUAACAUCAGUUAAUAAUCAUCCCACUAAGCAACCGCAUCCAAAUUUAACAGAAAUUAUAAUCGACCCAAUGUUUGAUAUACCCAAAUAUUUACCCGUGGAGGAAAUUUUCACUUUGCAAUAUCCCACUGAUUAUGAAAAUUUGGAAAUGUGGUGGGAUAUUGGCAUAUGGACCAGCGAACAUGCCCUUAAUGAUCCCAAAAUAAAAGCUCUGAUUGCCUCCAAAGAUAGGCACUUUGAUUUAGUGAUAUUGGAACAGUUUUUCCAUGAGAGUUUUCUCAUGUUUGGCCACAAAUUCAAAUGCCCAGUGGUUACCUUAGGCACUAUGGGUUAUGCUGAUUAUAUGGAUCACUCAAUGGGUAUGGUAACGCCUUGGUCGUUGAUACCACAUCUGCUGCUGCCCUAUACUGAUCAGAUGACCUUUAGGCAACGAUUCUAUAAUACCUAUUUAUCGAUAUAUGAUGCGGUAAUGAGAAGAUGGUCUUAUAUGCCAAAAAUGCAGGAAAUGGCUGAGAGACAUUUUGCCCAACAUUUGGAAGGUCCUUUGCCUCAUGUUAGAAAUUUGGAGAAAAACAUAUCUCUUAUGCUCAUAAAUAGCCAUCGUGUUGUGGAUAUGCCCAGACCCAGUAUGCCAGGGCUAAUUAAUGUGGGAGGAGCCCACAUUAAGCCGGUCAAACCAUUGCCCAAGGAUUUGCAGCAUUUCAUUGACAACUCCUCCAAUGGUGUCAUCUACUUCAGUUUGGGCUCCUAUGUCAAGAGCACCUAUUUGGCACCCGAUCGCAUUGCUCUGCUGCUUCAGGUUUUUGGAAAAUUGCAACAAAAUGUUUUGUGGAAAUAUGAAAAUGAUUCUCUGACAAAUCUACCACCCAAUGUUAUGAUACACAAAUGGUUGCCACAAAACGAUGUUUUGGCCCAUCCCAAUGUCAAGCUGUUCAUUACACAUGGUGGAAUAUUUGGCUCCCAAGAGGGUCUGUACUGGGCCAAGCCCAUGCUUUGUUUGCCCCUGUAUGGUGAUCAAUAUCGCAACACCAUAAAAUCUGUGAGAGCUGGUUAUGCACGCACCUUGAAUUUGGUUACCAUGACUGCCGAAGAGUUUUUGGAAAAUAUUCAAAUUCUGGUAUCUGAUCCUAGGUAUAAGCUGAAGGCUUUAGAAAUGUCCCAACUAUUUCGUGAUAAUCCCAUGCAUCCUUUGGAGGAGGCUUCCUACUGGAUUGAAUUUGUGGCUAAGUAUAAGGGAGCACCUUUCCUCAAGUCUUAUGGAGCUUUUAUGCCGCUUUAUCAAUAUCUAUUAUUGGAUGUAUUUGGAAGUGUAUUAGUGGUGUUGAUUUUAGCCAUCAUAAUUCCCUUGGGUGUUCUUAGGAAAUUGAAGAGUCUAUUGAUGAAAAGUCCAAAGGAUCAAGUGGUGAUUAAUGGUAGUCUAAAGGAGAAAAAAAUUUAAAUAGUAUUUGUAAUAAAUUAAGUCUUUAUAUGGAGUGUUAUGUAUUCUAAUGUUAUCAAAUUUUAUUUGUAUAUCCUGGACAUGAAUUAGGGAAUCUCUAAUUGCAAUCCAUGUCAGCCUAAUCUUAGUUUCUUAUUCUUCUCAGGAAUUUGUUUCAUUUAUUAAGCUAUAAAACUAUGUUGUUACGGCCUUAUUUACAAAAGUUAAUGUAGAUUUGAAAUAGGUUUACUUGACAUAUUUCCUUUAGAGAACUGUCAAAUAAACCUUUCUUAAGGCUUCAUAAAGUUUUGUGAAGAAGGCCGUUAAUGUUUUACUAAUUAAUAAA